AUGGGAGAUAUUGUUACAAAAGACUCCAUGGAUUGGGUGUUUAGUGACCCUAAGAUUGAAAAGGCUGCAUCUGUAAUUGGGAGGCUCGUGGAUGACAUGAAGUCGCAUAAGUUUGAACAAAAGAGAGGACAUGUUGCCUCAGCUGUGGAAUGCUACGUGGAACAAUAUGAUGCCACAGAAGAAGAAGCAACAAUCGAACUAAGUAAUAAAAUGAGCAAUGCAUGGAAGGACAUAAACGAAAUUUGCCUCCGCCCCACCAUCUUCCCCAUGCCCCUAUUGUUGCAAAUUCUGAAUUAA